AUGGCUCCUUCUCGGACAACAGGACCUUGGGCACUGUUGGCAGCUUUGGGCCUUCUCAGCUGCUGUAGCUUUGGCUCGUGUGAGGCCUCAAGGACUAGUGGUUCAACAUCAGGAGGGAAUAAACAGGACCAAGAACCCUCGUCACUUGAGCGAGUUAAGAGAGGAUGGGUGUGGAACCAGUUCUUUGUGGUGGAGGAGUACACCGGCACAGAGCCACUUUACGUUGGAAAGAUCCAUACAGACUCAGAUGACGGUGAAGGCAACAUCAAGUACACUAUCUCUGGAGAAGGGGCAGGCUCCAUCUUCAUCAUCGACGAGCAAACAGGAGACAUCCAUGCCACAGAAAAACUAGACCGCGAGGAGAAGGCUUCUUACACACUUCGGGCUCAGGCCCGGGACGAGCUCUCCAGCGACCCUCUGGAACCGGAGUCAGAGUUUGUCAUCAAGGUCCAGGACAUAAACGACAGUGAGCCCAAGUUCUUGGAGGGUCCCUAUAUUGGCAGCGUGGCGGAGCUGUCACCCAUAGGAACAUCUGUUAUGAAGGUUACUGCAUCAGAUGCCGACGACCCUACAUACGGGAGCAGUGCCAAAGUGGUGUACAGCGUGCUGGAUGGAGAAAGGUUUUUUACUGUUGAUAGACAAACUGGGAUCAUCAUGACAGCGGUGGCAGAUUUGGACCGCGAGACACAGGAUCGUUAUGAGCUGGUCGUCAAGGCAACAGACAUGGCCGGACAAAUGGGCGGUCUCUCGGGCUCCACCACAGUGACCAUAGUGAUCACAGAUGUUAAUGACAACCCACCGCGCUUCCCACAGAAGAUGUACCAGUUUUCUGUGUCUGAGGGAGCGGCUCUGGGGACUCCAGUUGGACGUGUCAUAGCCACGGAUGCAGACAUGGGGGAUAACACAGACAUGAGCUAUCUGAUCAAAGAGGGAGGCGAUCUUUUCAAGGUCACCACUGAUGUGGAGACCCAGGAAGCUGUUGUCUCCAUCAAGAAGCCACUGGACUUUGAGAGCAAGCGCACACACAAUGUCGUGGUGGAGGCGGUAAAUAAGCAUGUUGACCCUCGCUUUGUGGACCUGGGCUCCUUCCGAGACCAGACCAUCGUGCGGGUCAGUGUGUCGGAUAUCGAUGAGCCACCCAUCUUUCAACCUGCAGAGGGCACUAUCAUGGAAGUGCAGGAGGAUGCGAAAGUAGGAGCUCUGGUUGGCGUCGUCACUGCCAGAGAUCCAGAUGUGAAGGAUAUACCUGUCAGGUUCUCCAUCGAUCGGACCACAGACCAGGAGAUGAUCUUCCAUAUUGAUCCUGAUUCGGGUGCCAUCACACUGGGCAAGCUUUUGGACAGAGAGACUGCAGGCUGGCACAAUAUCACUGUGAAGGCUGUGGAAGCAGAUAACCACACCAUGGCCUCCCACUCAGCAGUGAGUAUUAGAAUCCUGGAUGUUAACGACAAUCCUCCUGAACUGGCCACACCAUACGAAGCCUCUAUAUGUGAGGACGCUAAACCAGGGCAGCUAAUUCACACCAUCAGUGUGGUGGACAGAGACGAGCCACAAUCUGGACAUCGCUUCUUUUUCACCCUGGCCCCGGAGGCUUCCAGCAAUCGACACUUCACCCUGUGGGAUGUCAAAGACAACACAGCCGGCAUCCGGACCCAGCGGUCAGGCUUCAACCGCCAUGAGCAGAAUGUGUACUUCCUGCCUAUCCUGGUGGUCGACAGCGGGCCUCCCUCCCUGAGCUCCACAGGCACCCUGACCAUCCACGUCUGCGGCUGCGACACUGAGGGAGCCAUCCAGUCCUGCAAUGCCACAGCCUACGUAAUGAGUGCUGCUCUCAGCCCUGGGGCGCUUAUAGCACUACUGGUCUGCAUGCUCAUCCUCAUAGUUCUCGUCUUGCUGAUCCUGACCCUGAAACGCCACAGGAAGGGCCAGAGGAUGGCAGAGGACGAGGAGGACAUGAGGGAUAACGUCAUCAAGUACAAUGACGAGGGCGGAGGGGAGCAGGACACUCAGGCGUACGACAUGAGCGCCCUGAGGAACCUCUAUGACUUCCCAGAGGCCAAGAGCUGUGACUCUGGCCCGGACAUUCGCUCACUGCCACAGUGGAUACAGGCGAGCCGAGUAACUGGUGGCGCAGAGGGAACUGCAGCGGCAGCAGUUGCGGCGACGGCAGACUUCUCCCUAUUCAAAGGCUACAUCCGGAAGAAGGUGGAGCAGGCUGACGCUGACCUGUCGGUCCCGCCUUAUGACUCCUUCCAGACGUACGCCUUUGAGGGCACCAGUUCACCAGCGCUGUCACUCAGCUCCAUCCACACGCUGUCCACCACCUCCGAGCAGGAUUUCUCCUACCUCAGCGACUGGGGACCACGUUUCAGACAACUGGCGGGCUACUACGCUCCAGGAAACCCAGAGGAGGAAGGAUCCUAGCACAGCUCCUCCUCUGCAGAGAGACAUUUAAACUCCCUCUCAUCCUCCUUCUUCUCCUUCUCUGCCUCCUCUUCUCACCCUCUGGCACUCUACUAAGAUCAUCAGAGCCAGCACUGUGUACUCCUUAAAACAGAGCACAGCUUCUUUAUCUCUUUGAAAGAAAGUUCCCUGCGUCAAAGUUUAAACUUGAGAUUUUUACACUCUUCUGAUUGUUUUUUGUGAGAUGUCAAAUGUCAACAUGAAAGCUCUGGCGAUCAUUGGAGAAAGAGGAGCAAAAGAGAGAUGUCCACGAUUAGUCACGUGUGAAGGGACGACUUCUUUUCUCUCCCUAACCAUAAAUGAAAAUCCUUAUUUUAAGCUGAGACUGUUUUCAGAAUUCAGAGGAAAAAAAAAAAAAAAACAUGUCAUGGCAAACAGUCUGACAAAAGUAUUUAUUUAAGGAGGAAAUAUUUAUGUAUUUAUUUGUUUUUAUGUAUUUAUUUAUUUAUUUUACACCAUUAUUACCGUCAUGAUAACUGCAACAGUGGACUCUGCUGAAGUGCUGAAGAAACCAGGAAAAGAGGAGGACACUGUGACACAAACAACACAGAACAGAGAAAGGAGGGCAGGAGCAGCAGAGGACUCUCCACAUUGAUGGUGCAGAACUGGCGACCUGGUCAAAUAUUUGUAUUUAUUUUCUAUGACCACUUUUGUAAAAUAACCGACUUAAGAGAGAAAAAUAAAUGGCUAACAGUAAGAGGGAACAGAUGCAGUGAAAGGAAACACAGAGAGCUACCAGUUCAGUCUGAAUGCUUGAGCCUGACAUACUUUUGCUGUAUUUUAGUGAUAUAUUUCGUUUUAUUUUUAUUUUGAAGGUCACAAACUGAGGACAAUUGUGUGUUAACAAUUUCUUUCCUUAUCCUGUCCGCAGCCAUUUGUAAGGCAAUAAGGCACAAACCGCAGCAGUGAUUUAAGACUGAUCAAAAUGACUGUUUCAUGGAAUUGGCUGGUGGCCGCCUUCGUCCCACAGGAAGCCAAUCAUCAUUCCAGAGUUGUGUGUGA